AUGUCGACGACUUCACCCAAAGACGCCUCUACGUCAAGACGACCCCUCCCAAGUGACUUCAUCCCCAUGCAAGAGGAACCCAAGACGACUCCACGGCCAAGACGCCCUGGCAAGACGAAUUCCAAAUGGCUGGUUGGUCUUCUCUACAGACCUCCUAACUCAGAAAUCGCAUUUUUUGACAAGCUGCAGAAUGCAUGUGAUUCAGUUCAACCUCAUCUUCAUAACUACGAAGGUGUUAUUCUACUUGGAGAUUUCAAUAUAAAUUGGCAGAAUGAUUCUGCAUCUACUGCGCAUCUUCAAGAAAUCGCUAACUCUCUAGAACUCACACAGAUAGUUAACGAUGUAACGCGACCUUCAAACAACUCGUCCUCAUCAGGGUCCACAAUUGACCUCAUAUUUACAAAUCGACCAGAAAAGUUUGCCCAAGUGGAGUCCUUUGCAAAUCCAGUCAGCAGUGACCACCAUGCUGUACACUUUACAUUCAGUGCACACAAAGCCCCUCCACCAGCAGCAGUCAUCCGAUCAUAUCUUCAAUACAGGAAAGCUGACAUGACUCAUUUGGAAACUCUUCUACACCUUGCACCAUGGUCGGCCUUCAUGGAUGAUGCUGAUCCCAAUGCAUCGUGGGAAGGCUUUCUGGAUAUCCUGCAUGCUGCCAUUCGUGACAGCAUACCAACUAAACAGCGCUGUCGAUCUUGCCCAUCAAUGCCUCCAUCCUGUACCUUACCGAUUCCUGAACUACCGCCAAUUCAAAUUCAACUCGGAUGGCUGACAAAGUCGCUGCAAAAUCUCAACCCUCUCAAGGCACCUGGGCCUGAUGGGAUUUCACCAACAGUUUUGCGUUCAACUGUCUCCUCCAUCGCCCCACCGCUAUUACGUGUGAUGAAUUUGUCGCUCUUACACGGCUCCCUACCCUUGGACUGGAAAUUAUCUAAUAUCACCCCUGUGUUUAAAUCUGCCAACCGAACCGACAUCAAAAACUAUCGUCCAAUUGCUUUAACCUCCAUUGUCUGCAAAAUACUUGAAAGAGCAGUCGCUAACAAUAUCAAUGAACAUAAUAUUUCUUCAAACUGUCUUGGUAAUGAUGAACAACAUGGAUUUACAGCACAUAAAUCCUGCGUCACCCAGCUCACAAAUGCUAUUUAUGACUGGGCUACAAUCAUGGACAAGCCCCGUCCACCUCGCAUAGACAUUGCUUUCCUGGACUUUAGCAAGGCAUUUGAUGUUAUGCCUCAUCACACAAUCCUUAAUAAACUGGCAGAGAACUUUAACAUCCGUGGUCGAACUUGGUAUUGGCUGAAAGCAUUUUUGACUGGCCGGUUCCAGCGGGUUAUGUACCAGGGAGCUUUAUCGUCCAUGUCUCCGGUUACAUCUGGAGUCCCUCAGGGAAGUGUCCUCGGUCCCCUCCUGUUUAACUUAUUCAUCAGUGACAUCUCCCAUUCCCUCAAUUCCAAGUGUUUGCUCUUUGCUGAUGACACCCUCAUCUAUAGACCUAUCCAAUCAAUCCUCUGCAGAUGA